AUGACGCUGGCUCCUGUAGUUGCGCUCUCUCAUGGCGGAGGUCCGCUCCCUAUCCUUGGCGAUCCUGCUCACAAGGACGUCAUCAGCUCUAUGAAAAAUCGAGUGCCCAAAAUCCUUAAGCUCGGCACUCCUGAGCAGCCUCGUGCCAUUGUCCUCGUUACAGCUCACUGGUCAACAGAUAAGCCAGUCAUCUCAUCCGGAGCGACUCACGAGCUCUACUUUGACUACUACAACUUCCCUGCUGAAGCCUACGCACUGAAGUACCCUGCACCUGGCCACCCGGAGGUUGCGCAGGAGGUAAAAGCCGCACUGGAAGCAGAGGGCCUCAAAUCCGAGCUGGAUAGCAAGAGAGGAUGGGACCACGGCGUGUUUAUCCCCAUGCUGCUGGUGAAUCCUGCGGCUAACGUGCCCAUUGUGCAACUUUCCGUGCUUGAGUCCGAAGAUCCGACUGACCACUUGAAAAUGGGAGCUGCGCUGGCCAAGCUCCGUCAGAACAACAUCGCCGUCGUGGGCUCGGGCUUUGCCUCUGUCCACAACUUCCAAGUCUAUCAUGAGCUACGCAACGGAGGGCCUACAAGAGCUAAGCAGUGGUCGGAGAGGAUUGGUCGAUGGAACGACGCGCUGGCACAGGCUGUUGGGACGGAGAGCAAGGAGGAGAGAUGGAAGAGGGUGGCGGGCUGGAGAGAGUUUCCGCAUGCGAAUGAGAUGCACCCGCCGAUGAGGGGGGAGCAUUUUAUGCCGUUGAUUGUGUGUGCUGGUGCGGCGUUGGAGGGAGAAAAGGCGGCAGUUUAUCAGGAUAAGUAUCUGGGAGCGGGGAUUUCGACCUUUUACUGGGGAGCGGAGACGGCUGCAUGA